AAUCCAAUAUGUUCGUGUACGUCAGAAUAUGUAUACGCAACGGUGCGUUGACCCUAGGUGAGAACGAACCCAAAGGACGCCAAAGUCCUUCAUCCCAAGCCCAAUGACUCAAGCUCGGAGCCUUCACAUCCUUCUUGAGCAGCUCGUGUUGAGGUCACAACCAAAGGGAUUUUAUCACUGAAUAACUGAUGACGUCGAUGAGUUGAUCUUUCUGCUACGGACCCAUGCGAAUGCCACUGAACCUGCAGGGUCGUCUGCUCGGCACAGGGGGACUGGUACGCCCCACAUAGGCAUCUCUCAAGAUGUUUACUGGACUCGUGGAGGAGAUCGGCGUCGUCGCCAAGCUGAACUCGCAAGAUGAGACCGGCGGCACCUCUCUCACCAUCGCGCUGCCAGAAAAGUCCCAGCUCUUAGCAGACGCACAGCUGGGUGACAGCAUCGCCAUCAACGGCUGCUGCCUGACAGCGACCGAUCUAAAGAAGGACGCAUCGCCACCAAGUUUCAAGGUCGGCAUUGCACCAGAGACUCUUCGUCUGACGAAUCUUGGUGCGCUUCAGCAGGGCUCGAAGGUUAACCUCGAACGAGCCGUCCGAGCCGACACACGCAUGGGUGGACAUUUUGUCCAAGGACAUGUCGAUACCGUUGCUGAGAUUCUCAAGGUGGAGCAGGAUGGCAACGCCCUGACGUUCCGGUUUGCUCCGAAGGCGCGCGACAUGAUGCGCUACAUCGUGUUCAAGGGCUUCAUUGCCAUUGAUGGCACAAGCUUGACAAUAACCAAGGUUAAUGAUGCCGAAGGCUGGUGGGAGGUCAUGCUUAUUGCCUACACCCAGGAGAAGGUUGUUGUCGCGCAGAAGAAAGCUGGCGAGACGGUCAACAUCGAGGUUGAUGUUCUCGCAAAGUAUGCUGAGAAGUCGAUGGCUGGCUACUUCAGUUCCCAGGAAGAACUGCUUAAGCCGAUCGUGGAGAAGAUGGUGCAAAACAUCGUGGCGCAGGCGACUGGAGGCCACUCAGCCUAGUGGCGCUCGGUUUUGAGUAGAG